AAAAUAAAUUAAAUGGACUUCUAAGUGCUUAUGAAAAACUUUUCAUUAUUUUUCAAAAAAUACUGACAUAAUUAAAAGAGCUAUAAAGUUCUCCACCCUACCCCUUCUAGUGUAGGUCGGAAAUUAGUCAGUUUAGUAAAAUAUAGGACUUUGGGCACUCUUAUAAAAUAAUGAUCUUACUCAAAGUUGCAAAACAGGUGAUGCUGACAGAAUGAUAUAUGAGGAACUGAGGAAGGUAUUGGAAUAGAAAGAAUGAGCAAUGAAUGCAUUGCAUGUAACGAUAUGGGAAAAGCAAAUUUAAAUUAAAGAAUAGUAUAUGAUACAUUAUUGGUGAUGGUAACUCGUCAGUUGUGAGGGUUUUGAAAGUGAAAUUGAAAGCCUCAGCCACUGGAAACAAGCAGAAAGAAGGCAAAAACGAAGUUGGCAAACCAACCAGUACAGUGGCCAUUGCACAUUGACAUUGUAGCUGAAAACUGCAAAUAAGCUCACAUGUAACUAAACUGAGAGAAAGAAAAGCAGAGCAAAAACGGAAUUGUCAUUUGACCCAAUAAUAAUAUUCAAGAGCCGUUAGAUUAGGAACGCAUUGUUGUGUGACUGCUAUAUAUAAACACCAGACAUACAGUACAUUCGAGACAACCUCGUACCUCGCACUCAUUCAUUCACUCAAGAGAGAGAGGUGCAGGAAAUGACAAUGGGGCGCGACAUAGACGAUUUGCCGAAGAACGAUGCGAACCACACUGCCUUGACCCCGCUAUGGUUCUUGGAAAGAGCAGCUCUGGUGCACCCCAGCAGAAUAUCCGUGGUCCAUGGAUCACAGCACUACACGUGGCACCAAACUCACCAGCGUUGCCGUCGACUCGCCUCUGCUCUUUCCAACCUUUCCAUCGGUCUCGGCCACACUGUUGGUGUUCUUGCACCCAAUAUACCAGCCCUUUAUGAAGCUCAUUUUGGGAUUCCAAUGGCAGGAGCUGUGUUGAACACUAUUAACAUUCGCCUAAGUGCAUCCAGAAUAGCUUUCCUUCUUGCUCAUUCAUCCGCUGCAGCCGUCAUUGUGGAUCAAGAGUUAUUUUCCUUGUUGGAAGAGUCCUUGAAGAUAUGUUCUGAGAAAAGCAAAAGCUUUAAGCCUCCGAUGUUAGUUGUCGUUGGCGAUGAAAGCUGCCACCCCAAUGAUCUCAGACAUGCUUUGGCAAAGGGAGUCAUUGAGUACGAGAAAUUCCUUGAGAGCGGGGACCCUGAAUUCAAGUGGAAACCUCCUCAGGAUGAGUGGCAGAGCAUCGCUUUGGGUUACACAUCUGGUACCACAGCUAGUCCUAAGGGUGUGGUGUUGCACCACCGAGGGGCGUAUCUCAUGUCUCUAAGUGGAGCUCUUAAUUGGGGCAUGAAGGAAGGUGCUGUGUAUCUGUGGACACUUCCCAUGUUUCAUUGCAAUGGCUGGUGCUAUCCUUGGACACUUGCGGCUCUUUGUGGGACUAACAUUUGUCUUCGGAAGGUAACAGCUAAGGCAAUCUAUGAAGCCAUUGCGGAGUACAAAGUCACUCAUUUUUGUGCAGCACCAGUGGUUCUUAACUCAAUAGUCAAUUCCUCUCCUGAGGAAGCCAUCCUUCCUCUACCCCAUGUUGUACAUGUGAAUACAGCAGGGUCAGCUCCUCCUCCAUCUGUAAUUGCUGCCAUGUCUGAACUAGGAUUUCGUGUCACUCACACAUACGGUCUCUCAGAAACCUACGGCCCCUCCACGGUAUGCACCUGGAAGCCAGAGUGGGAAUCACUUCCCAUCGAAAAGCUAGCUCAGCUGAGUGCGAGGCAAGGGGUGCGGUACAUUGGCUUGGAAGGCCUAGAAGUCAUGAACACAAAAACCAUGCAGCCUGUUCCUGCUGAUGGUGCCACUGUUGGUGAGAUUGUGAUGAGGGGCAAUGCUGUGAUGAAAGGAUACCUGAAGAACCCCAAAGCUAACAAAGAGGCCUUUGCAAAUGGAUGGUUUCAUUCUGGUGAUCUGGCUGUGAAGCAUCCUGAUGGAUACAUUGAAAUUAAGGACAGGUCAAAGGACAUCAUCAUAUCAGGUGCUGAGAAUAUUAGUAGUGUUGAAGUAGAGAAUGCUCUAUACUCUCAUCCUGCAAUACUUGAUGCAUCAGUGGUUGCAAGGCCAGAUGAGAAGUGGGGUGAGUCACCUUGUGCUUUUGUGACACUGAAGCCAGGAGUGGAUAGUAGUAAUGAGCAACGUUUGGUUGAGGACAUCGUUAAGUUCUGUAGGUCCAAGAUGCCUGCUUAUUCGGUACCAAAAUCAGUUGUGUUUGGACCAUUGCCAAAGACAGCAACUGGGAAGACGCAGAAGCACUUGCUGAGGGAAAAGGCAAAGGAGAUGGGGCCUGUUAGAAAGAGCAAGUUGUAACCAUGUAGUGAGUGUUUGUAGUUAUCGCAACUCUCAAGACACUUCCAUGGAGAAGCUUGUGUCUGGUUGGUUUGACUCAAACCGAGGUUUGAGUAAAAAUAAACACACCUAUAACAUUAUGCUACUGGUUCUGGUUGUUGUGCCUAGUUGGGGUUGUUUUUCAUGCUAGGAGAAUACUAACCAGUGCCUUAAAGAAUUAAAAGUAGAAAGUUCUUGUAAGGUAGUAUAAUAAUACACUUUAACUGUUGUUUUCAAUAAAAAUCUUAUAUUUAUUUGAUUAA